AUGAGGAGUUUGGGAGCGGUGUUGAAGCAUCCGGAUGAUUUGUUCCCGUUGUUGAAGCUGAAGCUUGCGAUGAGGCAGGCGGAGAAACAGAUCCCGCCGGAACCUCACUGGGGAUUCUGUUACUCUAUGCUCCAUAAGGUUUCUCGGAGCUUUGCUCUCGUCAUUCAACAGCUCGACACCGAUCUCCGUGACGCCAUUUGUGUCUUUUAUUUGGUUCUUCGGGCACUGGAUACCGUAGAGGAUGAUACAAGCAUUGCAACAGAGGUUAAAGUACCCAUUCUGAUGGCUUUUCAUCGUCACAUAUAUGAUCGUGACUGGCAUUUUUCAUGUGGUACGAAUAACUACAAGGUUCUAAUGGAUCAGUUCCAUCUUGUUUCCACAGCCUUUUUGGAGCUCGGGAGCAGUUAUCAGGAAGCAAUUGAAGAUAUUACGAUGAGAAUGGGUGCUGGAAUGGCAAAAUUCAUUUGCAAGGAGGUGGAGACUAUUGAUGACUAUGAUGAAUAUUGUCACUAUGUGGCUGGCCUUGUGGGGUUAGGAUUGUCAAAGCUUUUCCAUGCAUCUGGAAAAGAAGAUUUGGCUUCAGAUUCUCUUUCAAAUUCAAUGGGGUUAUUUUUACAAAAAACAAAUAUCAUCAGAGAUUAUCUAGAAGACAUAAAUGAGAUUCCAAAGUCACGUAUGUUUUGGCCUCGACAGAUCUGGAGUAAAUAUGUUGACAAGCUUGAGGACUUAAAAUAUGAGGAAAAUUCUGUUAAGGCUGUCCAGUGUUUGAAUGACAUGGUCACAAAUGCUUUGAUGCAUGUAGAAGAUUGCUUGACAUACAUGUCUAACUUACGAGAUCCAGCUAUCUUCCGGUUCUGUGCCAUCCCUCAGAUCAUGGCAAUAGGGACGUUAGCUAUGUGCUAUAACAACAUCGAAGUUUUCAGAGGUGUAGUGAAAAUGAGGCGUGGUCUCACUGCUAAAGUUAUUGACAGAACCAACACAAUGGCAGAUGUAUAUGGUGGCUUUUAUGAUUUCUCUUUAAUGCUCAAGUCUAAGGUUGAUGACAAUGAUCCUAAUGCUAAGAAAACAAGGAACAGCAUUGAAGCAAUUCUGAAAGCCUGCAAUGACUCGGGAACUCUCCACAAAAGGAAGUCCCUGAGAGAUGAACCUGGAUACAGUCCUAUGAUUAUUGUUAUCUUCCUCAUUAUAUUGGCUAUUCUUCUUUCCUCUAUUUCUGUACAACGUCAAAGCGAUCUUUGUAAGGGUCUUUCAACUGACUUUGAAGUUAAAUAUGGCAAAAUCAUGUCCAGUUCAUUGACAUUUUGA